AUGAGUCGGUUCUAUCUGAAAAGCCACGAGUUGCCCAGUCAGGCGUCUUCCCUGGUUGCGUAUCCCGUCGUCGGCAUGAAAUUCGAUCGCACUGUGACCAUACGGAACGGCAGAACGGGUUCCCCGAGCACUUCCGAGCGGACUGAGCGACCGGACCUACAUUUCAAGCGCGUUUUUGAUCCUGACGUUGUUCUUCACAGAGGAUUGUACACGGAAGUCGAUCGGAUCGAGGAAACAGUCCGGCUGAUAUCCAAGCCUCCCGAGCCGGAAGCCAAGGCGUACUUGAUGAUCGGCUUCAAAAGCAACAAGGCUAGCCCUGAGAGAAUGUUGGAAGCGUCGUGGAAGGAAUGGACGGGGGCUCGCAACCUUUACCUGAAUCUCGCCGACGAGUUCUGCCUGUCGACGAUCCGGUUCUUCCAGCGCAUCGAGCCGGAAGCCGUCGACAUGUUUCAGUACAUUGCGCUCGCCGAACUGGACAACGUGAAUGAGCGGAACCGCAACAAAAUGAUGGACUUCGUGCAUCGCAUGCGACUCAACCGGCUGCAUGCGCACACCUCGCUCUACCGUGUGGCACCAGCGCGCAGCGCCACGACGCCAAAAACCCACAAAGGCGGUACUCUCUGGCCGAAGUUCGACUCCAGUUACGACAGUCAGGACAGCGGGGAGUCGAGCACAGCUGAGAGCCUCCGCUUUUUGUCCAUGGAGGACGGUUAUCAGAGAUUCAGCAGCACCAUUUAAAUUUGCUCCGAGUUCCGUGCGAUGGACGUGGAGUGUUAUUGUAUGCUUUAUGUGCUCUAAUGCGGAAGGGCGAAUACCUGAGCGGAUACUGUAGGCUGUUUGUCGGGCAGGCUAACAUUCCGGUGGGGAAUAAAACUUCCGCGGACGGACUGGUUCGUUUUUUGUGUGUGGAGGCAUUCGAAUUUUUAAUUGACGCUUGAUAUGAGCCGAAUAAAAUCUCAGUUUCUUAUGUAAAA